AUGAUCGCUUCUCAGUUGCUGGCUUUUGUGGCAGUUCCGGUUUUCUGCAUCUUAAAAGUCAGCGCCAUGGAUACAUUUAUUGCAGCUGUGUAUGAGCAUGCAGUGGUAUUAGGUAAUACCAGUCUAACCCCAGUGUCCCGUGAAGAGGCAUUGGCACUAAUGAACCAAAAUCUGGAUCUUUUGGAAGGAGCCAUCACAUCAGCAGCAAUGCAGGGUGCACAUAUUAUUGUGACUCCAGAAGAUGGUAUUUAUGGUUGGCACUUCACCAGGGACGCUCUCUACCCAUAUUUGGAAGAUAUCCCAGACCCUCAGGUGAACUGGAUUCCUUGCAAUGAUCCCAACAGAUUUGGUCAUACCCCAGUACAAGAAAGACUCAGCUGCCUGGCCAAGAACAACUCUAUCUACGUUGUGGCAAAUAUUGGGGACAAGAAAUUGUGCCACACCAGUGACCCUCAGUGCCCCAGUGAUGGCCGUUACCAGUACAACACCAAUGUUGUGUUUGAUUCAGAAGGGAAAUUGGUGGCACGCUAUCAUAAGCAAAACCUUUUCAUGGGUGAAGUUCAAUUCAAUUCACCCAAGAUGGCUGAAGUAGUGACUUUCAACACCACCUUUGGGAGAUUUGGCAUUUUCACAUGCUUCGAUAUACUCUUCCAUGAUCCUGCUGUUACCUUGGUGAAAGAUUUCCAUGUGGACACCAUACUGUUUCCAACUGCUUGGAUGAAUGUUCUGCCCCAUUUAUCGGCUGUUGAGUUCCACUCCGCGUGGGCUAUGGGCAUGGGGGUCAACUUCCUUGCAGCAAAUAUACAUCACCCCAUGAUGAAAAUGACAGGAAGUGGUAUCUAUGCACCGGAUUCUCCACCAGCGUUUCAUUACGAUAUGAAGACCAAAGAGGGGAAACUCCUCCUUUCUAGCCUAAAUUCCCACCCAUACUCCUCAAGGGUGAACUGGUCUUCUCAUGCGAGCAGAAUGGAAGCACACUCAAAAGGAAACCAGGAAUUUAAGAACACUGUCUUUUUUGAUGAAUUCACUUUUGUGGAGCUCAUGGGAAUCAAAGGAAAUUACACAGUUUGUCAAAAAGACCUCUGCUGUCAUCUAAGCUACAAAAUGACUGAGAAGAGAUCAGAUGAAGUUUAUGCUCUUGGGGCAUUUGAUGGGCUACAUACUGUUGAAGGAACUUAUUAUCUACAGAUUUGCACUAUGUUGAAGUGUAAAACCACUAAUAUAAAAACUUGUGGCAACUCAGUUGAAACAGCUUCCACCAGGUUUGAAAUGUUCUCCCUCAGUGGCACUUUUGGAACCCAAUAUGUCUUCCCUGAGGUGUUGCUGAGUGAAGUUCAGCUUGCACCUGGAGACUUUCAGGUGUCAAGUGAUGGACAGCUGUCUAGCCUGAAGCCCACAUCUGGACCUGUCUUAACAGUAACUCUGUUUGGGAGGUGGUACGAGAAGGACCAGAUGGCAAAUGCUUCAUCAACCACAGAACACAACCACUGA